AUGGCGCGCGCGUAUGGAUUUAUUAACACCUGUUUGAAAUCGCUGGUGGUUGAAAAGUUUGGCGAGGAGACGUGGAUCAAGCUCAGGGAUGAAGCUGGAGUCCAGGAUUCCUUCCUGACAUAUGAAGUCUAUAAAGAUGAAAUCACCAUGCAGUUAGUAGCAGAAACAUGCAAGCUGCUAGGAGUGAAGCCAGAGGUUGUCUUGAGGCAGUUUGGAGAAUAUUUCUUUGAGUUCUGCAAACACUCAGGCUAUGAUCACAUGCUGCGGACUCUGGGAGGAAAUCUGUUCGAAUUCACUGAGAAUCUGGAUGCACUUCAUGGCUACCUCGCCCUCUCCUACAAGGAAAUGAAUGCACCAUCUUUUCGGGUGGAGAGGAACCCUGAUGGUACCAUGCUUCUCCACUAUUAUUCAGACCGCAGAGGACUCUGCCACAUUGUUCCUGGUAUUAUUGGAGCUGUUGCUAAAGAUUUUUUCAACAGUGAUAUAACAAUGGAGAUUGUCAACCAGGUGGAGGAGCUGGAGAGAACUGGGAAGAAGGAGCAUGUGGUUUUCUUGGUCACACAGUGGCCAGAUGUUGCUGCUCGCUCCAGCAUGGUCAGAUCCACUUCAUCAAAAGAGAUCCAGUAUCAGUUUCUCAAUGCACAGGAGUCACUGGGAGACAAUCAGGGGGCUGGUAAACUAUUGAGGGGUUUUGAGCCAGUGUAUCCUACAACUCUUCACAUUGAUCUGAAGACUUUCUGCCAUGCUUUCCCUUUCCAUAUAGUCUUCGAUGAACAGCUGGUGGUGCACCAGGCAGGGGUGAAGCUCCAGAGGAUCGUCCCCGGCCUCCAGACAGUGAGCAUUCAUCUGGACCUUUACUUCAGCAUUGUGCAUCCUGAAGUCACCUUCACCAUCUCCAGCAUCAGGAAGUUCAUCAACAGUCACUUUGUCCUGCAGACGCGCAGGGACAUGAUGCCGGAAGCAUGGAAGGACAGGCCCAUGCUGCAGCUCAGAGGUCAGAUGAUCUGGAUGCCCUCUCUGGACUGUAUGCUUUAUCAAGCCUCUCCUCUGCUGAGAAGCCUCCAAGAGCUGGAGGAGAGGGACAUGCACAUUUCUGACAUUGCACCUCACGACGUCACCCGUGACCUCAUCCUGCUCAAUCAGCAGCGACUGGCAGAAAUUGAGCUGUCCAAUCAGUUAGAGAGGAAGAAAGAGGAGCUCCGCCUCCUGUCUCAGCACCUGGAGGAGGAGAGGAGGAAGACGGAGAACUUGCUGUACGCCAUGUUGCCCAAGCAUGUAGCCAACCAGCUGAAGGAGGGCAAAGCAGUAGAAGCAGGAGAAUUUAAAGAGUGCACCAUACUGUUCAGUGAUGUGGUGACCUUCACUAAUAUCUGCUCCCUGUGUGAACCAAUCCAAAUCGUCCUUAUGCUUAACUCCAUGUACCUCCGAUUCGACCGACUCACAACUGUGCACAAUGUUUACAAGGUUGAGACAAUAGGGGACGCCUAUAUGGUGGUGGGUGGGGUGCCCAUACCUGUCUCCAGCCACGCUGAGAGGGUGGCCAACUUUGCCCUGGGUAUGAUCUUGGCUGCCAGGGAGGUUAUCAACCCGGUGACAGGAGGACCCAUUAAGAUCCGUGUGGGUCUCCACAGUGGUCCUGUACUGGCAGGUGUAGUUGGGGAGAAGAUGCCUCGUUACUGUCUGUUUGGAGACACAGUCAACACUGCGUCUCGCAUGGAGAGUCACGGCCUCCCUGACAAGAUCCAUCUGAGCCCAACUGUCUACCAGGCUUUGAAGAAUAAAAGCUUUGUUAUCCAGAAGCGAGGGGAGAUCGAGGUGAAGGGGAAGGACAGAAUGACCACUUACUUUCUUGAAAGGAACAUAGGAGUCAGUGAGCGGCAGAUUAUGGGUCUCUCAGACAUGGAGACAGGGGCUGGACAGCAGGACAGGCAGAUGAGCUACCAGCCAAGUCUCCACAGACCAGCUUUUCAGAGGCAGCACGGGGACGACCUUUUCUUGAUCCCUAUGAAAUAUGAAGACAGCCUGAGUGAACCCCCACCAUCAUCACAUAGGUCUGAACCCCAGACCGGCUCAGCCAUCAAGCCCCAGGACUCAGAGAGCUACGGAAGCCUGCACACUGAAGAUCAAUCAGAGGAUGGAGGUCUAGACCAGUUAAAGGAUACAGAUGAAUAUGACCAAACAGAGGUAAAAAAUAACAUGGACAGCUUAGACAGCAUCAGCCAUGUGGACACAGAGGAACAGCAGCUGAUUACCGGUGCCAUGGAAACCAACAAUCAAAGCAAACACACCCGGACCAGGUUCUGUGUCGUCCUGUGA